GUGUCUUGUGGGGGAGGGGGGGGGGGCUUGAUGCUGUCCAUUCCUGCCCAUUCCUGCCCCACCCUGUGCCAAGUGUCAGUAUGGAUGAAGAAACCCUUGAGGCAGCCAUCAGUACCUAUGGCGCCCAGUUGCAGCAGGUGGAGUCAGCCCUGUCAGCUGGCCUGGACCCUUCCCAGCAAUCCGACCUGCUCAAACUGAAGGACGACCUCUGUCAGCUGAUAGAGCUCACAGAGUCCAGCCUAGUGUCUGUCAAAAAGAGCCAGCUUCUGGCCAGCCUCGAAGACGGCUAUGGACUGUGGGCGAACGUCUCCGAGGCAGCAGCCGACACGAACAGCGCAAACGGCGGAUUGGACGGUGAGAUGGCUGCCUUCUACUCCAAACUCGGGGAGUCAUCAGGGAGUAGCUCUGAUCCUGGAUAUCGGGACAAUGGGGAGGAAGGUGGGGUGGAGUAUGAUGAGGAAGAGGAGGCAGAAGAAGAAGAUGCACUCAGUGGUACCAAAGUAAAAGCGCCCUACCGGACAACAUGGGGGACACUUGAGUAUCACAAUGCCAUGGUGGUGGGGGCAGAACCGUCGGAUGGAGAGGAGGCACAAGUAAGAGUGCUCUACGUCUACCCCACCAAAAGUCUAUGAAGCCCCUGUCCAUACUACUUGGAGGACAAAUGCAGCUUCCUGGAGAAUUGCAGGUUUUCCCACGGCCAAGUGGUGUAUGUGUCGGAGCUCAGAGAGUUCCUCGAGUUUGACCUCAGUAAUCUCGAAGAAGGCUCCUCCUGCUUGGCUCGACACGAGGAUGGCAUCUGGUACCCAGCCAAAAUCAAAGAUAUUGACAGUGGUUUCUACACUGUGAAGUUUGACUCAGUGCUGCUGAAAGAUGUUGCGGUCGAGGCCGACUGCAUUAUCCCCCCUUUGAGAGAAGACGACCCGCUCUCCUCUGACUCUGACCUGGACGACAUUGGAGAUGGACAUGACGUGGCUUUUGCAAAAGUUAUGGACACUCCUGGAGAAUCCACAAAUAUGCUAAACAGUGCAAAUUUUGGGGGCUGGGAGGCACAUACCAGAGGCAUCGGAUCCAAGCUUAUGCUGAAAAUGGGCUAUGAAUAUGGGAAAGGCUUAGGAAAGAUGCAGGAGGGUCGACUAGAGCCAGUGAUGGCAGUGGUCCUGCCCAAACGCAAGUCUCUGGACCAGUGUGCCGAGCUCACCCAGCGGCGCACCCAGAGCAAGGUCGCCCAGGACGGCACGCCGACGGGCCGUCGAAAGAGACGCAGGAAGCCUCGGGUCAAUGCCGCAGGGCGCCGUACCGUCUUUGACUUUCUCAACCAGAAGCUAGAAGGCAAGAGCACCGGCCCUGCCGUGGAGGGUGGUGCUGCCGCUGCACCGGCGGCGGCCGCGGCGACUGGGGUGGAGGCUUACAGGGGGGGGAAAAGCACCAAGAGGACUCUGAAUGUGAAGCUGUUCAAGGCUUCGGAGCGGGUGUCACAGACUGAGAGGGAGAUCCAGAAAUUGACUGAGAUUCUCGGCAGACAGACGGGCAGGGACUCCUCCAGAGUGAAGCAGCUGGAAGAGAAGCUGUCAGCGGCCCGCCGGCUGCUGACCCAGCAGAAAGCCCAGGAGCUGUCCAUCCAGCGAGAGAACCGGAAGGCCGACACGCACAAGAAGAUGACUGAGUUUUAACAUCAGCUCUCUCCAAAGACUCGGAGGACAACGGGAAGCACUGCUUGCCUGAGAUGAACUUUUGUCCCUUGCCAGUUUUCUUUUGCUAUCUUUUUUUAAAAAUUUCUUUUGCAUUAUUCCUCACCAGCAUCAUGGAUUCGACUUCGAGCUGUGAUGCCCAUUUUAUGCAGAACGCAGCAUUUGCUGAUCAUCAUUUCUGGUAAAGACAGGGCAGUUCAUUUAGUUGAGAACAGUUGUCGGGUUCCUAAUUGAACGCUUCACAAUAUCGUUCCAUGCAACAUUUUAUUUGUGAUGAGCAAUUUGUGUACUUUUCUUCAUCCACACUAAAAACCCUGUCUUUGGA